AUGACCCUCCCCACAAAGGGAAACAGGACAGCUACUACUCGCGAUGUCAUUGAGUAUAUGCUCACUCAGCCUCUGCAAUUUACCCCAGGAGAGAAGAAAGCAUAUUCAAAUUAUGAAUUUAUGCUCCUUGGGUAUCUACAUGAUCGCAUUAUCCAGGAAAGCCGCCUGACUGGGUUAGAUACGCUGCGCCCGAUGUCAAACAGAUCAGUUGCUGCAGUGUACGGUGGAUACGGUGCUAUUAUGGAAGAAUGCGCCGCUGCAUUUUCUCUCAAAGCGAGUGCCAGCACCAUCGCCAAGUUUGCCGGACUAACCAAUGGUAUAGCUGUGAGCGGAAUUGGGCGUCGAAAGAAUGGUUAUCGUCGAGGUAACUUCGAAGGCGCCCGCACCCAUGUCGAGAGCAAUGGGGACUUCGACUUUGCUGUGGUGUUUAACACCAGAGACUUCGCUUUCGACCAGGAAUUCUAG